GCCAGUCAGAAGGCACAGGGAAAGAGGGACCGCCAAACUCCUCCUCAGCGUCUCCUCUCCACCCCUUUUUGGCUCCUGCCCUUGGAGAAAGUGGAGUGUGGCUCUUGGUUAUCAUUAUUUCUUCGGACUGCUUCGUGGUGCACGGAUUCAGCUGCUUCCCAGUGGGGUUUUCCGCAGUUGGCGCGUCUCCCUGUGUGGUUCUGGCCGGCACACCUCUGUCGACGAUGAGGAAAGGUCUACGGGCGACAGCGGCCCGCUGCGGACUGGGACUGGGUUACGUGCUGCAAAUGCUCGUGCUACCUGCCCUGGCCCUGCUCAGUGCCAGCGGUACCGGCUCGGCCGCUCAAGAUGACGACUUUUUUCAUGAACUCCCAGAAACCUUUCCAUCUGAUCCACCUGAACCUCUACCACAUUUUCUUAUUGAGCCUGAAGAAGCUUAUAUUGUGAAGAAUAAACCUGUGAACCUGUAUUGUAAAGCCAGCCCCGCCACCCAGAUCUACUUCAAGUGCAAUAGUGAAUGGGUUCAUCAGAAGGACCACAUAGUAGAUGAGAGAGUAGACGAAACCUCUGGUCUCAUUGUCCGGGAAGUGAGCAUUGAGAUUUCGCGCCAGCAAGUCGAAGAACUCUUUGGGCCCGAAGAUUACUGGUGCCAGUGUGUGGCCUGGAGCUCAGCGGGCACCACAAAGAGCAGGAAGGCCUACGUGCGCAUCGCAUAUCUACGGAAGACAUUUGAGCAGGAACCCCUGGGAAAGGAAGUAUCCUUGGAACAGGAAGUCUUGCUCCAGUGUCGACCACCUGAAGGGAUCCCAGUGGCUGAGGUGGAAUGGUUGAAAAAUGAAGACAUAAUUGAUCCCGUUGAAGAUCGGAAUUUUUAUAUUACCAUUGAUCACAACCUCAUCAUAAAGCAGGCCCGCCUCUCAGAUACUGCAAACUAUACUUGUGUUGCCAAAAACAUCGUUGCCAAGAGGAAAAGCACGACUGCAGCUGUCAUAGUCUAUGUCAAUGGUGGCUGGUCCACCUGGACAGAAUGGUCUGUGUGUAAUAGCCGCUGUGGACGAGGGUAUCAGAAACGCACAAGGACCUGCACCAACCCAGCACCACUCAAUGGUGGUGCCUUCUGUGAAGGGCAGAGUGUGCAGAAAAUAGCCUGUACCACCUUAUGCCCAGUGGACGGCAGGUGGACUUCAUGGAGCAAGUGGUCUACCUGUGGGACCGAGUGCACGCACUGGCGCAGGAGGGAGUGCACGGCGCCCGCCCCCAAGAACGGAGGCAAGGACUGUGAUGGCCUCGUCUUGCAAUCCAAGAACUGCACUGAUGGGCUUUGCAUGCAGACUGCUCCUGACUCAGAUGAUGUUGCUCUGUAUGUCGGCAUUGUGAUAGCCGUGAUAGUUUGCCUGGCCAUUUCUGUAGUGGUGGCCCUAUUUGUGUAUCGCAAGAACCAUCGCGACUUUGAGUCUGAUAUCAUUGACUCCUCGGCACUCAAUGGAGGCUUCCAGCCUGUGAACAUCAAGGCAGCGAGACAAGAUCUCCUGGUGGUACCCCCAGACCUCACAUCGGCUGCAGCCAUGUACAGAGGACCCGUCUAUGCUUUGCAUGAUGUCUCAGACAAAAUCCCAAUGACUAACUCUCCAAUUCUGGAUCCACUGCCCAACCUGAAAAUCAAAGUCUACAACACCUCAGGUGCAGUCACCCCCCAAGAUGACCUCUCUGAGUUUGCAUCAAAGCUGUCUCCUCAGAUGACCCAAUCCUUGUUGGAGAACGAGGCCCUCAAUGUGAAGAAUCAGAGUCUAGCAAGGCAGACUGACCCAUCCUGUACGGCGUUUGGCACCUUCAACUCUCUGGGGGGUCACCUUAUUGUUCCCAAUUCAGGAGUAAGCUUGCUGAUUCCCGCUGGGGCCAUUCCCCAAGGGAGAGUCUACGAAAUGUAUGUGACUGUACACAGGAAAGAAAAUAUGAGGCCAGCCAUGGAAGACAGCCAGACACUCUUGACCCCUGUGGUGAGCUGUGGGCCUCCAGGAGCCCUGCUGACCCGCCCCGUCAUCCUUACUAUGCAUCACUGCGCAGACCCCAACACCGAGGACUGGAAGAUACAACUCAAGAACCAGACAGCACAGGGACAGUGGGAGGAUGUGGUGGUGGUUGGGGAGGAAAACUUCACCACCCCUUGCUACAUUCAGCUGGAUGCAGAGGCUUGCCACCUCCUCACAGAGAACCUCAGCACCUACGCCCUGGUCGGGCAGUCCACCACCAAAGCUGCCGCGAAGCGCCUGAAGCUGGCCAUCUUCGGGCCACUUUGCUGCUCCUCUCUGGAGUACAGUGUUCGAGUCUACUGUCUGGACGACACCCAGGACGCCCUGAAGGAAGUAUUGCAGCUUGAGAGACAGAUGGGAGGACACCUCCUAGAAGAACCUAAGGCUCUUCAUUUUAAAGGCAGCACCCACAACCUGCGCCUAUCGAUUCACGAUAUCACCCAUUCCCUCUGGAAAAGUAAAUUGCUGGCGAAAUAUCAGGAGAUUCCUUUUUAUCAUAUCUGGAGUGGGUCUCAAAGAAACCUCCACUGCACAUUCACCCUGGAAAGAUUUAGCCUGAACACAGUGGAGCUGGUUUGCAAACUCUGCGUGCGACAGGUGGAAGGAGAAGGGCAGAUCUUCCAGCUCAACUGCACCGUGUCGGAGGAACCCACUGGCAUCGAUCUGCCUCUGCUGGACCCGGCGAGCACCAUCACCACCAUGACGGGCCCCAGUGCUUUCAGCAUCCCUCCCCCUAUCCGGCAGAAGCUCUGUAGCAGCCUGGACGCCCCACAGACCAGAGGGCAUGACUGGAGGAUGCUGGCUCAUAAGCUGAACCUGGACAGGUACUUGAAUUACUUUGCCACCAAAUCCAGCCCGACUGGCGUAAUCCUGGAUCUCUGGGAAGCACAGAACUUCCCAGACGGCAACUUGAGCGUGCUGGCGGCUGUCCUGGAAGAAAUGGGAAGGCAUGAAACGGUAGUGUCUUUAGCAGCAGAAGGGCAGUAUUGA